AUGUCCAUACUCAAACAGAUCAUAUAUCUACUAUGCCUCGUGUGCUUCGCAGUAUGCGCCCCGCGACCGGAUAGCGGUGGCCAUGCUCCUUUACCAGGACCUGGACUCUCUUAUGGCGGCAUCCCCUACGGUAGUAUGAGUGGAAACGUAGCUGAAUACUUCAGAAAUGGUCCGAGACCAGUGUACGGGGGCCUUCGAAGCGGCGAACUAGACUACGCACCGAUCGAACAAUACUUA